GCGGCAACUCUAUUACUCCAUCUCACCUCUCACCCUGCACUUGGACCCUCUUCACUGCGAACGAGGUGCCCUUCCCCAGAUUGUCCCGCUGCAGCCUCGAUGCCUGCACUUUGCUUCUUCGAUGCCUGCACUUUGCUUCCUCGAUGUCUGCACUUUGCUUCCUCGAUGCCUGCACUUUGCUUCCUCGAUGCCUGCACUUUGCUUCCUCGAUGCCUGCACUUUGCUUCUUGCCGUUGCCGUCAUCGCCAUCGUUGUUGAGGGCGCCCUCGCGCUGUCCCGCCGUGCACACAGAACGUUAUGACAGCACCAUCGUCACGCCCCAUCUGCCUGUCGUGAGACCACAGGCCACCCCGCCACAACAGUCACACCGCGUUGUGGCAGCCCACCGCCGGCUAACAGACGAGCGUGCAGUCUAGACGCCGGCCAUUGUCCAUCGUGAAAUACCUAGAAAGGCAUAGAACGGAUCAUCAAUUUCUGCACUCUUGACACAAAAUGCUCUGAUGCAGC